AUGAGUGACUCAAGAGUUGUGAAAAAGGUCUUCAGGAACAACCCAGGAGGGAGAAGGCUGAGAAGACGUCCGAGAAAGCGUUGGCUGGAGGAUGUGGAGGAUGACAUUAGGAAGCUGGGUGUCAGGGGAUGGAGACGUAAGGCUGCCGAUAGAGACAAAUGGAGAGGCUUUUUGAAGGAGGUCAAGGCUCUGAAUGAGCUGUAUCGCCAAGGAGUAAAAAACAUGGUUAUGGUCGACGCAGUGCUGGGGAGGAGUGCAGAGAUGCCUUGCAACAUGGAGCCUGGGAUCAAGGAGGACAGAGUCUACAUGGUCCUUUGGUUUCGGGAAGGAUCCAGCAAGCCGCUAUACAGGUUCGAUGUACGAGGUCGUCCGUUCAACAAGGCGCUGCUAUGGUCGGAUACGAAUGCGUUCGGACCGCGCGCCUACUUCGUGACGGGCAAACGACCGUCGGCCGCUCUACAGCUGGAGGCCGUCGAACUCAAGGACGCCGGCGUCUAUCGAUGCCGCGUCGACUUCCGCAACUCGCCAACUCGCAACUUCCAGGUCAACCUGUCUGUUAUUGUUCCUCCACAUCAACUGAUGAUCUACGACAAUUCAGGAAGGGAACUACAUGAUGUUGUGGGACCUCUUUCAGAAGGCGCCGAUCUUGUUCUCACCUGCGAAGUGAGAGGAGGACAACCGUCGCCGACAGUGUCGUGGUUCGUGAACGACAGCAUGGUAGAUGGUCGGAUCUCGCUGGCCGACCAGAAUGUGAUCGUGAACCGACUGGAGGUGCCACGGGUGAGACGUCAUCAGCUCAACUCCACCUACAAGUGCCAGGCUAGCAACACCAAGCUCAUGCAGCCUGCCGAGAAGACAAUAAGACUCGAACUGAAUUUGAAACCACUAAGUGUCCGGCUGGUGAACAAGCCGACGGUGCUGCUGGCUGAGAAGGAAUACUCGCUGACGUGUGAGGCGGUCGGCUCUAGGCCUCAAGCCGAACUGUCCUGGCUCAGGGAGACCUACAAGUUCAGGCGCGGAAAGAUUGAAGACUGGUCGAACGAGACAGUGGUGACCAGCACAGUGACAUUUGCACCGGUCCCUGAGGACGACGGCCAUCACAUCAAGUGUCAUGGUGUCAAUCCCAAAAUUCCGGGAUCCAGCCUCGAGGACACCAUCAUGCUCAACGUUGUCUAUGCACCGCUAGUAUCGCUCCAGUUGGGCACUUCGCUGAAGCCACAGCAUAUCAAACAUGGCGACGAUGUUUACUUUGAAUGCAACAUACGAGCCAACCCACGGGAGCACAAAAUCUCCUGGUUUCAUAAC